CACUCGGGAGUCGUUCCGUUAGAAUUCCUCUUCUGCAGCGACUUUUCGGCCAUAGCUUCACCGCGUUAUUGUUUUGUGGCGCUUUUGCCGGACUACUAAACGUCUCUAGCCGUUAUGGCUUCCAGGAAAAGGGGUCUCCCCGGCGAUAGCGGUGAGCAGGACGGACUACUGACCGCCUGCAAGCAGGUCAAGUCCAGUGAUAAGAGACACGUAGCUGCCUUGAUUCUGGCGAGAGGAGGAAGCAAAGGGAUUCCUCUUAAAAACAUCAAAAUGUUAGCCGGAGUGCCGCUCAUCGGAUGGGUGCUGAGGGCUGCUGUGGACUCCAACAUGUUUAACAGUGUGUGGGUAUCGACAGACCAUGAUGAUAUCGAGAAGGUGGCAAAAGCCUGGGGUGCCAAGGUGCACCGUAGGAGUCCUGAAGUCUCCAAGGACUCUUCUACGUCACUGGAAACCAUCCAAGAGUUUGUCAGACUCAACCCAGAGGUGGGUGUGAUAUGCAACAUUCAGGCUACGUCCCCGUGCCUCCAUCCUUUCCAUUUGAAGGAGGCCCUGGAGAUGAUCACGCUGCAGGGCUUUGAUUCGGUCUUCUCGGUGGUCCGGAGGCACCAGUUCCGCUGGCAGGAGGUCAAGAAAAGAUCUGGUGAGGUUACCAAACCGCUCAAUCUAGACCCAACCAACCGGCCGCGGCGGCAGGACUGGGGUGGCGAGCUGUGUGAGAACGGAUCCUUUUACUUCACCACGACAGACCUAAUUAUAAAAGAGGGACUUCUGCAGGGUGGCAAUGUAUCGUACUACGAGAUGCUGCCGGAGUACAGCGUGGACAUAGAUGUGGACAUCGACUGGCCCGUGGCAGAACAGAGGGUUCUCAGGUACGGCUACUUCGGUCGGGACACGCCAGAACUGGUUCGUCUGAUGUUCUGUAAUGUUUCCGGAUGUUUAACGGAGGGACGGAUCUUUCUGUCUGUAUCCGGAGAGGAGAUGGUGUCUAUUAACACCAGGGACACCGCCGGCAUCCGCAUGCUGCAGAAAGACGAAGUGGAGGUGGUGCUGUUGACCUCCAGCACGGACCCCGUGGCCCAGUCGCUCACUGACAUGCUGGCCAAGAGGACGGGCUGCCAGGUGAUCCAGGUGGGAGAGGAGCCGCUGGAUGAUUUGAAGCCAGAGGUGGAGAAGAGGAAGCUGCAAUGGAAGGACGUGGCGUACAUGGGUAACGAUAAACCAGAUAUCAACUGUCUGAACCUGGCGGGUUUGAGUGCAGUCCCUGGAGAUGCUCCGGUGGUGGCCAUUAAUGCCGCAAAGUACACCUGCCACAGCGUCGGGGGAAAGGGAGCCAUGAGGGAGUUUGCUGAACACAUUCUUCUCCAAAAACAAAAAGCAAAGUCGCAGAUGAAGCAGGAUCGCAUCGACAGCAGCUUCUGAUCUUAAAUACGUUCGAUCUGCAUGGAGGUGUUUGAGUGCAGUUUAUGCACGAAUCAUAGCAGUAAUCCAACAGUGCACAUUUCAAGAUAAAUACAGCAGUAUUGUCUGAGACGCUUACCUAAUUUUAGAGUUAAAAUCGUUCACUUUGUUUACAAUCAAAUCGGACGCGAUCAAGUAUUCCUGACGUUAACUUUUUGGUUAAAAGGUGAGAUUCUUCUGCAUGGUCUUCAGUAAUUUACCAGAAAAGGAUUAAUUUAUGUAACGCUGUGAAUACAACAACCGAAUCUGAAAUUUACAAACCUUGAUGUAUUAUAGCACUCGGCUUAAGGCAGAAUCCUUGUCAGCCAAAGCAAACAAAACCCAAACCACAAGACUGGAAACUAAAUCGGAGUGUGGGGAGAUUACUGAUGCACUACAAGGUGUGGCCCCAAAUCUAAAAAUAUGAGUUAUUUUUAUUAUAUAUGUAAUUUUAGAGAUGUGGCUUUUUAACAUUUCAAAUGCUGUUGAUAUUUUAUAUAGAAGAUGAAGCAUUUCAAACCAAAAUAUAACACGGUCCAAAAAAAUUCAAAUCUAACACUUUUUGACAAAUCUUCUGUUCUCUGUUUACCUGUUAAUGUCACGCCAUCCUGUGUGCACCUCAUUUUGUUAUUAUUCUCAUUGGCCUUAAAAGAAGUAGUCAGACAUUUUGGGAAAUAACUCAAUCUUGUCAGGAGUUCUGAUGAAAAGAUUGAUACCAUUCCACGUCUUUCUGGCCAUUAUAAACCUACAGCCAGCAGCUGGUUAGCUUAGCUUAUCUUCGCAUAAAGACGGGAGGAAAAACAGGUAGUCUGGCUCUGUACCAAAAGGUACCAAAAUCAUCCUGCCAACACCUCUGAAGCUUUGUAAUCAAGUAAUGUAUCUUGCUUGUUUAACCUGUACAAUGACUGAAGUGGAAAAUGACAAGUUGUGGCUUUAGGGGAGGUUAUAUGCUACUAUGCUAACUACUACUACAUAAUACGAAGCUUCUUAUAAAACUGCAACUUGCUGUUUUUAUACUUUUGUUACAAACAAACAAUAUACAUAUGACGAGUAACUUAGUGAGCUUCAGGCAGAGCCAGGCUAGCUGUUUACACCCAUUUCCAGUCUUUAUGCUAAGCUAAGCUAACGGCUCCUGACUAAUUCCAGUAUAGAUAUGAGCGUUAUCUUGCCUUCCAUCUAAAUCUUGUCAAGAAAGCGGAUAAAAGUAUUCUGCCAAAAUGUUCAACUAUUUUUUAAACUCGUAACCUUAUUAUCCAGAAGCAUUCAGCUAACUUUGUGACUGCGCACCUGUUGCUCCAUGGUAACGUCCCAGUUCUGGAUGGGAGGAUUACUGAUCAUUAGGUUGUAGCUGCUGCUUGUUAAGAGAUUAGAAAGUUGGCUGGUGGAGAUUAUUGUUGGCUGGUUUUAUUUGUGCUGUUACUGAUUGAGUGAAUUAACGACCUGUGUGUCUGCUCUGUGUAUUGAUGUACGAGGUAUAGCAGUAUGUCAUUCUGUGUACUGUUUCUAUCCAUUGUUCUGAUUGUUUUGUUGCAAUGUUUACAUGUAAUUUGACUGAUUAACAUAAUUUUAUUUCACUCUUUUUAUUUAAUAACUGUGACAAUUAGCUGCGUGAAUAAUUUUUAAUGAAGUUGCUUAUUGGAGGUGAUCGAA